AUGUCUACCCUCAGCCUCAUCACCGAAUACACCCAAACAGCUCUAUCCCACCUCCCAGAGCCCACCCAACAUCUCCUCCGUAACCCAACAGCACAAAAGGCACUCGGCGUCCUUGCCGCCCUUGUUCUCCUCCGCGCUACAAACCGCUUCUUUUCUAAACGCACCCUGCAAAACUGGACCUUUAACCAACCAUGGAUCCCAGCCCGCGAGCUCAUCCUGCUUACGGGCGGCUGCAGCGGGAUCGGCAAGCAGGUUAUGGAAGACUUAGCGCGCACAGGCGUGCGCGUCAUUAUCCUCGAUAUUAAUGAGCCGACUUUCACGCUACCCGCCAACGUCACCUUCUACAAGGCGAAUAUCACUUCUUCGGCUGAUAUCGCCGACGUCGCGGGCAAGAUCCGUGAUAACCACGGCGAGCCCACGGUCUUGAUCAACAAUGCUGGCGUUGGACACGACGGGACGAUCCUUGAGGAGCCUGAGGAGAAGAUUCGUCAGACUUUCGAGGUUAAUACCCUUUCCCAUUUCCUCAUGGUUAAGGAGUUCUUGCCGGCUAUGGUGAAGGCGAAUCACGGUCAUGUUGUUACUAUUGCUAGUAUGGCGAGCUUUGUGGCUCUCGGCGAGAUGGUGGAUUAUUGUUGCUCCAAAGCCAGUGCGCUUGCUUUCCAUGAGGGACUGCGUCAGGAAUUGAAGUACUGGUAUAAUGCGCCCAAUGUGCGCACUAGUGUUAUUCACCCCAUGUGGGUGCGUACGCCCAUGAUCAAGAUGCUCACAGAUCACGAGAAGCAUUUCAGUCAGCCUAUCAUGACCCCCCAGGUCGUGUCUGGCGCUAUCUGUAAGCAGAUCUUGACUCAGACUAGUGGCCAGGUUAUCUUGCCUGCUAGCCAGUCAGUGGCUAGUUUAGUGCGUGCCAUGCCCACCUGGAUGCAGGAAGGUGUGCGCACUUUGGCGUCGGGUGCGUUGAGGAGGAUGCGUAUUGCGCAGCAGGCGGAGGAGAAGGCCCAGGCGCAGUAG